AAGAGGUUAACUUCCCGGGGUAUUCUGUUUGAGGAUGUACAGACCCAGAGCCUCAUACAAGGGGCGAAGACAACCUAUGGAGAAGAGAUACUUUCUCCAAGAGGCAGAUUAUGCUUCCUACUUUUGCAACUGGUGCAACUACUGCAAAGUGCGCAGUGAGAAGGCUGUUGUUAAUGGAAUAGACCAUAGGAGAUGUGGUAGAUGCCGCACAAUAUAAUAUGUCUGACAGAAGGCAACAAUGGAUUACUAUGAUAAUCUAUAUGCAGUGCAGUGCAGAUAUCUGAGAUAAAAGAGACAAGACAAGGCCCGGUACAGAAAGAGCUCAGCCGCUAAACAAUUCGCCAACGCCAU